AUGUCGCUCUCCGCCACCUCCACCACUCUGCUGCGCACCUGCGCCCGCCAGCAGCUGCCCACCGCUCGGGCCGCGGUCGCCUCCUGCCAGCGGAGGGCCGUCUCGGACAAGUCGUCCUUCGACAGCCCCUUCGGCAGCUCCCAGGAGUACACCUCGACCCUGAAGAUCCCUAAUUUCGGCAAAUACUCCUCCAACAAGUCGCCUCGCUCCAACCAGGUCUUCUCCUACUUCAUGGCCGGGUCCCUCGGUCUGGCCUCUGCCGUCGGUGCCAAGGCUACCGUGCAGGAUGGCAUUGUGGCUGGACUCGCACCACCCGAUCGGCACAUUUCGCUAACUCGCACAUUCUCUCCAGACUUCCUGGUCAACAUGUCCGCCUCCGCCGACGUCCUGGCUCAGGCCAAGGUUGAGGUCGCUCUCGGCGCCAUCCCGGAGGGCAAGAAUGUUAUCAUCAAGUGGCGCGGCAAGCCCGUCUUCAUCCGCCACCGCACCCAGGAUGAGAUCACCGAGGCCCGUGAGGCUCAAUGGCAGGAUCUGCGCGACCCCCAGUCCGACGAGGACCGCGUGCAGCGGCCCGAGUGGCUGGUCAUGCUUGGUGUCUGCACCCACCUGGGUUGUGUCCCCAUCGGCGAGGCCGGCGACUACGGCGGCUGGUUCUGCCCCUGCCAUGGCUCCCACUACGAUAUCUCCGGCCGUAUCCGAAGGGGCCCUGCGCCUCUGAAUCUGGAGGUUCCUCAGUACAACUUCCCCGAGGACGAGACCCUCGUUAUCGGGUAA